UUCAAUGGGCGCUACCGACAUCUACUGGUUGAAGUCAUAUGAACUGAAAAAAGAAUGAAUCACUUUAGGAAGUGAUUCGGUCACUCUCGUUCACUGAAAUGAUUCGUUCUUUUUGAACCCAUCGUUCACUCACUUCCGAUUCUGCCUCCAACAGCGGGAACGAAACGGCCGCCGUCAAACAGUGAGCACUUGUGCGCGCUCGGUCAGCAGAAGAAUGAGAAGCUAUAACGGCAGAGUUAGUUUCAAGAUCCCCAGAAGGAUGAGCAGCGCAACCGAGCCACCGUGCAACGUGCAAUACGGCGAACAUCACAGUGACCAUUACUCAGCGCUACCCGGCGCCGCAGCCAGCGGCUACAACAGCAGCGACGUGAACUUGCUGCGCUUUGCCCAAGAGUCCGGCUUCCAGCGAGGGCCGUGGAAGCCGAACAGGCCCGAGGGACUAUGCUGUUGCCCGGCACACGAAGGUAAGCGAGCGAGCAAGCAGAUGAUUGACAGGGCCACACCGUCGUGGCUGGGACGAAACAACCGCGGGCCGGUCGCUAGCAAGCCAGGUAGGGUGCUGUCGCCUCCGUGGACGAUGGCGUACGAGAAGCCCACUUUGGACGAAGAUUUGGCUCGCAAUGUCGCCAAAUGUAUGGUCACGUCUGUGCAAAACACGUCACUGGGUCGAGGCCGGUUGAAAAGGGAGGGGCGUGUGAGAAAUGGAAAGGUUGCUGCUUUCCAAUCAAUUUGACUCUCUACGUCACCAUCGCGAAAACAACUCACGUAAGUCUCAUGUUUUGACACGAGAAAGAAAAGAGCAGCUUCACGUUUUUAUGUGCUGGCUUUGACUGCAAAGCAAAGCAAAUGGACCUGUCAAACUCUGUCAAAGAAUUUCAGCAAAUUCUGCUUUCUUUGUAUUCGUCAGGACACAUGUGCACCACGCUGGCCGCCGCCCUGCCGGGCCUGCUCGGUGCCGCCGGAGGACCGGGCGGAAUCAUGAUGAAACCGUACUCGCAGUUUGCCGUCAACAGCGACGGCGCAGCUCCGCCGGCGGCAAUCCCACCGGCUCACGUCUACCCGCAUUUCAGCACGAUGGACCCAGUGCACAAGGCGGUGAUCAAGCACGCGUUUGGGGUGCGCCGAGGCGCGGCCAAGGCGAGGAGGAAGCGGCCGGUCGACUGCGGCGUCUGCCGUCUCACGUUCAACUCUGACUCGCAGGCAGAGGCGCACUACCGGGGCGGCCGCCACGCCAAGAAGCUGAAGAUGCAGCGCUGCACAGAGGAUGCCAAAGACGGCAGCUCCUGCGACACGGGGCCCGCCGCGGCGGCCGACAGCAACGCAGUUUUGAAACUCGCUCUCCCGCUGGGCCCGGCCGUUGCAGGCGAGGCGGAGCGGCCCGAGAAGCGGCUCUACUGUUUGCUCUGCAAAGUAGCCGUCAACUCGCUCACGCAGCUGGAGGCCCACAAUUUGGGCGCCAAGCACAAGAGCGCGUUGGACGCUCGCGGCGCGGCGCACACGUCGGUUCCCGCCGCCCCGCCCGCAAACGAGACCUUCCGCUGCCAGACCUGCGACAUCCACGCCAACUCUGAGACUCAAUUCAAGCAGCACGUGUCUAGCCGGAGGCACAAAGACCGCCUGGCGGGGAAGCCGAGCAAGCCCAGAUUCAAUAAAAGUCAACGCGCGGAGGUGACCACAACUUCCGAUUGGUCCUCGCCGCUGCAAAGCUCCUCCGACGCCAACCUGACCCCCCCCUUGGCCCAUCCUGCGCCUGGACCAAUUCGAGCCAACCAGAGCUCCGCCCUCUUCUCGCCCUACUGAAGCGAGCUGUGACCAGGGCAACGGGAUCGACAGGCAGACAGACAGACAGACAGACAAGCACGCACGCACGCCCACGGCUGGCCUCGAACUGGCGACUCGACACGCCUCCGCAACCUGGAGAGAAUAUCCGGGACGGU